AUGUGUCGUAUUUGUGAGUGGGCGUUUGAGAACGAGCCGGCCUUCUUGAACCACAUGAAGUCCAACCACAAACCAGGCGAGAUGCCCUACGUCUGCCAGGUGUGCUCAUUUCGCUCGUCCUUCUACUCGGACGUCCUGCAGCACUUCGCCAGCUUCCACAGAGACUCUCGCUUCCUGUUGUGUGUUUUCUGCCUGAAAGUGACCAGAAACCCCAUCAGCUACCAGCAGCACCUGCUCAAACACCAGGUGAACCAGGCCUUCCACUGUAACAGGUGUCGUCUUCAGUUCGUCUUCCUGAAGGACAAAAUGCAGCACAAACUGGAAAACCAUCGCAGCUUCCGUCGCCCUGUUCGUUUGGAGGGACUGCCGCCGGGGUCAAAGGUGACGAUCAGGACUUACGGGAAGAUCAGGUCUAUGGCGUCGGGAGGGAGCCGGCUGUUCCAGAGCCCCUCCUCCCUCGUCCAGCCAAUCAACAUCAAGACGGAGAAGUCUCCGCCUCAGAGGAGCCCCACGUUCCAGAAGUCGCCUCGAUCACCAACCAAGAGAUCGGUCGGCCGCAGAGUCAGCGUCAACAGGUCUUUAUCGUAUGAGGGAGAGCGGUUGGUGUGUUUGGAGUGCGGGACCGACGCCUCCGACCUCUCGGCUCACUACCCGACUCACGUCACCUGUAUGCUGUGUCCCUACAGCAGCUGCUGCUCCAGAGCCUACGCUGCCCACAUGAUCCAUCACCACGUGCCGCCGUCCAAAGACAGAGUUCUUCCUCUGCACAGACUGCCUCCUCCAUGUGUGUUCCUGCUGCAGUGCUCAGACUGCAACUUCAGGCCGCACUCUGCAGAUCAGAUGGCUGAUCACCUGCUAAUGAACCCGGAUCACGACAACGCCAUCUGCCGCACCAGGACCCACAUUGAACGGGACAUUCAGUUCUGCCACAGUGAAGAUCAGCACUCUUCAGAGGAGAAGGAAACAGCACAGAACAAGGACUUGCCUGAUCCAUCCUGGAGGUCUGCAGAUUGUUGGAAACCUCCAUCAGACAGCGAUGACAGCUCCAAUUCUCCCAUCAUGUCAUUCAUGCAGGACAGUGGGCCGCAUCACUUCCUGUCCAAGAACACUGAUGCCAUCGACUUCUUCAAUCUGCUCUUCCCGUCAGCACUCAUAGAGCUGAUCACCAAGGAGACUAACGCCCACGUUAAGACCUGCCAGUAUCUGGGCAAUAGCUUCCCAGAAUGGGUCCCCGUCACCACCCAUGAGAUCAAAGGUUUCAUCGGCCUGGUCAUCCUGAUGGGGAUCCAGAGCCUCCCCGACCUGUCGCACUACUGGUCCUGGAAUCACUACGACAACAGCUAUACCUUCUACCGCUCCAUGAGCUUCAAACGCUUCAAGCAGAUUGCCGGCAACAUCCGCAUGGGCAGCUUCACCACAGACGAGUAUCGAGGCACGAACAACCCCAGCGACCCGCUGCACAUCUUCAGGCCGAUGCUGGACAUUCUUGGUGGGGCGAUGUGGGACGCCUACAAGCCAAACUGCUGCCUGACCAUCGACAGGGCGCUGCUGCCCUGCCAGGAGGAGGAGGAGGACAGCCAAGCCAAGGGGAAUCCAAAGACCCAGCCUCAGGUGUGGCUGCUUUGCGACUCCAAGUCCGGCUACUGUCACCGCUUCUUCAUCCAGGUAGGGGACAAAGUGGGCCAGGAGGCGGGCUUCACUGUGGUGCCAGAGUUGGUAAAGGACCUGGAGGACAAACACCACCAACUUUACCUGGCUAAUCCCCUUACAUCUGUCCCGCUCAUGCAGAAGCUUCUGGACCAGGGCAUCUAUGCUUCCAGCUCCUUCCCUCCACACAACCCCAUCCUGCCCAGAGACCUGUGGGAGGAGGGCCAGCUGGAGAAACCCGGGGACUUUCUACAGAGACAGUUUGGCCCCUUGCUGGCAACCCGCUGGAGGGAUACCAAAGAGAUGGGCUGCCUGUCAACUAAUGCAGCCCCGGGUGAACAGGACACUGUUUGGAGGAGGUCUCAGUCCAAAGUUGGGGGACUGGACCCCAUCGACCGUCCCAUGGCUUUCCGCCUCCUGCAAGAGAACAUGCGAGGGGUUGACAUCUGCAAGCAGUUGCUGGCCUGCAACCCACUGGGAGGAAUCCCCCAGGACCGACACUGGCGCAGCCUCUUCUGGUUUCUGAUCAACCUGAGCAUCGUCAACGCCUUCAUCGUGCUGCGGGAGAGCCGCAAAGACAACCCACCUGCCUGGGUACAUGACGGCCUUUUUACACAAGUUAACUUCCGAAAGCGUUUGGGAAACCAGCUCGCCAAGUGUGCUCAGAGAUACUUUGAGACCAUGGAGAUCGCCAGCUCCCGCGGGACAAAGGUUGAGCCUCCAGAAGAAAAAGUUAAAGAAAGACACAGGAUGGUGAAGAUCAGCGGCAUCUCCAAGAGGUGCAAGAACUGCAACUUGAAGAACAUCCGCCAUGAGAGUGUGUACGGCUGCGUCGUCUGUCAAGCAAACCUGUGCAAUCACUCAGACUGCUUCUGGGAAUUUCACGGCCUGUCACCUCAAAACAAAGGAUCAGCAAAGGUUGGAUUUGUCAAGAACAGAAUAAGCGGCGCAAUCGAAGUAAGAGAGGUCGCAAAGGACAAAUUUGACGACGCGAUGGCCCCUGUGGAGGACAUGGACUUUGAUGACGAAGGACUAGAUGAGUUGGAUGACAUUGAUGAAGUACCUGAAGAUGGCAAAGAAGAAAAACAUCCGAUGUCUAACCUGCCAUCAGCAACAAAUGGCCACGCCCAAACAGCAACCGUCUCGUCUGCCUCGAAAGAGCGUGACGAUUUCCUCACUGCCCGUCAGCUCAGGAUCGCCCUGUUCGCUCUGUGUGACGGACUCCGCCAAGCCUCUAGGGUCUUCUCUACGGAGACAGAUCUCAUCCAGUCCUGGAUGAAAGAGGCCAGGAAGCGUUUGAAGCAAACUAAACAGGAACAGAAGGUGGAUUCCAACGGUGGAGACCGCCUGGUAGCCUGGGUGCUGUCUAUGCGUGAACAGCAGCUUCCGAUCACAGAGAGUAACCUCUUCCACAAAGCCUCCACACUGAAGAAGAAGGGAGGUUUCAGUGACUCAUUCCGUAUCUCCUACGACUGGGCGGUAAGCUUCAUGCUGCAGCAUCACCUAGGCCUUCGUAGUAUUGGCAGGGACUCAACGCUGGCUCGCAUUCUGCCACUUUCCCUGGAGGCUAAGGUCAAGUCCUUCAGGGAAUUUACCCAGAAGAUCAUACAGACCAAAAAGCUGUCAGAAAGCAAUGUCGCUGCAAUGGAUGAGUUGUGUCUCUUCGUUGAUUUUAGGUUAGUUCAGGACAAAUCUCGCCGCUCAGAGGCCCUGGAACUCACUGGGUCCAUACCUCUGGUCACUGUGUACCUGACAGUGCUGGCUGAUGGUACCAUGUUGCCAUCCUUGGUGGUUGCAAACAGGCAGCUGACUGAGAAACCCCUGCCAGAGUUCAUCCUGCUGGAGGCCGGUCCAGAGACUCUGUUAGUAGAAGAAGCCUUGGAUCUUUGGACUAACAAGGUUUGGCUACAGCAUGUUACCAGUGAAAUUCAGCCCAGUAAAUCAAUGCUGAUCCUGGAUCGACACCGGGAACACUUAGGAGAUUCAUGCCUUACUUCCGUCAGUGGAGUGGGUACCCUUCCAGCAGUGAUUCCUGGAGGCUGCUCACACCAUCUUCAGCCCUUGGAGAUUUGCAUGAAGCCGGUUCUGCAGCGCUUUCUGCUGUCACGAUGGGCAGAGUUCACAGCUGGAAACCCAAAGGAGUUUGAGGAGAUUUCCCCCCUCCAGCUCCAAGCAAAUGUCGCCCAGCUACUGGUUGACUGGUUGGUCGAGGCCCUGACUCACCUGAACAAACUCCCACAGCUUUGGAAGAAGUCGUUUGAAUUGACAGGACUUCUGUCAGGGCAGAAAGAGGAGGACAAGGAGGCAGCGAGAAAGGAGGAUGAGACAAUGAGUCAGAAACCAGAUGAGAUCCAGUUGGACCUCCUCAAGACCCUGACAGAGACCCUACUGGGGGCUGAAGCUUUUGAGGACGAUUCUCCUGAGCUGACGGAACUGGAAGACAAAGAGGACACCGAGGAGGAACAAGAACAAGGAGACUGGCCGGAGACAUCAAAGGAGGAACAGGAGGACAAAGAAGAAGAGAGGAGGGAGGUGGAAGAAGAUAGGGAGGACAGGACGGAGGUGGAAGAGGAAGGGAAGGAAAUAAAGGACACAAGGGAAGAGGGACGGCCAGAGGAAACGGAAGAGGAAGGAAAGGACACAGACAAAGGUGUGGAAGACAGGAAGGAGACUGAGGCGAACAGGGAAGAGGAGGUCAAGAAGCCAGAGGACAGUGAGGAGGAAGGAAAGGAGACAGAGAGGAAAGAGGACACUAAGGAGCUAGAGGAGGACAGCGAGGAGGAAAGUAAGGAGACAGAGGAGGACAGGAAGGAGGUGAGCAAGGAAAGACGAGAGACCAGGAUAGUGAUAGGCGAGGAAGUCGGCGAUGAGUGGAAGUUAACGGUAAAGAGCAAGACUGAAGGUGUAGAGGCUGACAGAGAGGAGGACAGGAUGGAUGAAAGCUGA